ACAAAAGGAAAAGUUUGAAAUCUGGAACACGAGAAAUCGGGAAAUCGCGGAGUUUCAGUGAAUAUCGGGCCAAUUUCCCUUGCAAAACGUGCACAAUGGCAGACGUGCUGGAUAUUUACAACCACGAGGAGUUCGAGGUGGACGAAGAUGGGGACCAGGGCAUUGCGCGGCUGAAGGAGAAGGCCCGCCACCGGAAGGGACGCGGAUUCGGCAACGAAAGCAUCCCGCGCGAAUCCAUCGACUACGAGCGGCUGCAGGACGAUGAGGAGGAAGCCGAACCGGGGCCGCAGCGGUCGGUCGAAGGAUGGAUCCUGUUCGUGACCUCCAUCCACGAGGAGGCCCAGGAGGACGACAUACAGGAGAAGUUUUGCGAGUUUGGCGACAUCAAAAACAUCCACCUGAAUCUUGACCGUCGUACCGGCUUCCUCAAGGGCUACGCACUGGUCGAGUACGAAACAUACAAACAGGCGAUGGCGGCAAAGGAGGCCCUGAACGGAUCGGAAAUCCUGGGACAAACGAUCGCAGUCGACUGGUGCUUCGUGAAAGGACCGAAGAAACUCAAGAAAUCAUCCAGUGAGCGACGACGACGAUAGAACCGCGAAUCCGGGGAACAUAGCGUGUAAUACCCAUCUGGACGGUGCACCACUCCUCCUGCAAGCUGUAUCAUCCCUACAUGCUCCGUCACUUGAUCAUCAGUCAUGCAUAUACCACAGAAUAAUGGAUAUUUUGUAGAACGGUUAAGGAUGUACGGGUGUGUAAAAGGACACGAAAUAAAUUAAUGCUUGAUGAUAACUCACCAACCUAUCACACACUUAA